AUGACAGGAAAGUUGGGUGUUCCAUUUGAAAUGCAAGCAGCUUCAUACAGAGGCCACGAGCAGGUAGUCAAGAUGCUGCUCGACGCAGGCGCCGACAUUAACGCGCAGGGUGGAAACCACGGCAACGCACUGCAGGCAGCUUCACUUAGAGGCCACAAGCAGGUAGUCAAGAUGCUGCUCGACAAGGGCGUCGACAUCAACGCCCAGAGUGGAAACCACGGCAACGCACUGCAGGCAGCUUCAGAAGGAGGCCACAAGCAGGUAGUCAAGAUGCUGCUCGAUAACGGCGCCGACAUUAACGCGCAGGGUGGAGAGUACGGCAACGCACUACAGGCAGCUUCAGCUAGAGGCCACGAGCAGGUAGUCAAGACACUGCUCGAUAACGGCGCCGACAUUAACGCGCAGGGUGGAUACUUCGGCAACGCACUGCAGGCAGCUUCACUUAGAGGCCACGAGCAGGUAGUCAAGAUGCUGCUCGACAACGGCGCCGACAUCAACGCCCAGAGUGGAAACCACGGCAACGCACUGCAGGCAGCUUCAGAAGGAGGCCACAAUGGGGGAUAA